AUGUCCCUUUCACCCGCGGUCCGAGUCGCCAGGACGGCUGCUCAGCGUUCAACCUCUUUGCUACACGCCAUUCAGUACAAUCAUCCUCCAAAUUGCCCUUGUCACUCGAAUCCCAGCCAUCAUCAUGCUCCCGCCGUCUUCGGUGAAGCCCGAAGGCGAUUGGCUACCCCCGUUGAUCCCUCGCGAUCUAAGGAUUAUGCGUUUGAGAUGGCUGCUAGUUCGAUCCGAUUUGGACCCGGAUGCACAAAGGAGGUGGGUAUGGACUUCAAAAAUAUGGGUGCCAAACGGGUUUGUGUUGUGACAGAUGGCAACGUCGCAAAGUUGGACGCCAUGAAACAGGUGGUGGAAGGAUUGACCAAAGAAGGCAUUGAAUUCACCGUCUACGACAGAUGUCGGAUUGAACCCAAAGACAGCUCAGUCAAGGAUGCCAUUGCUUUUGCAAAGCCGUAUCGGCCGGACGCCUUCUUGGCCGUCGGAGGAGGAUCCGUCAUUGACACGGCCAAACUGAUGAAUCUGUAUACCUGCUUCCCCGAUGCAGAUUUCUUGGAUUUUGUUAAUGCUCCCCUGGGAAAAGGCUUGCCUAUCACCAAGCCACUCAAGCCCCUUGUGGCGGUUCCUACGACGGCCGGAACGGGCUCGGAAACGACGGGAACGGCCAUUUUCGACUUGGUCGAGAAACGCGCGAAGACCGGGAUUGCCCACCGUAAUUUGAAACCGACCUUGGGUAUCUGCGAUCCCAUCAACACCCGCACAAUGCCAUCGGCCGUUCACGCUUCCUCGGGGUUGGAUGUAUUGUGCCAUUCACUGGAGUCCUGGACGGCUAUCCCAUACCACGAAAGAUCUCCGCGGCCUCCAAACCCAAUCAAUCGCCCCGCGUAUCAAGGUGCCAAUCCUAUCUCGGAUAUCUUCUCAUUGAAGGCUCUCAAGUCGACAGUCAAAUACUUGCCGCGAGCGGCCCAAGAUCCAGAGGACCUGGAGGCUCAGAGUGAGAUGCUCUUGGCUGCCACAUUGGCCGGAGUUGGAUUUGGUAAUGCAGGUGUACAUCUAUGUCAUGGAAUGAGUUAUCCCAUUAGCGGACAAAAUCCGGGCUAUAAACAUGCGGGAUACGUGGUUGAGGACCCCAUCAUUCCCCAUGGCGUGAGCGUCGCAGUCACUGCUCCAGCGGUGUUCAGGUUUACCGCUUCCAGCAAUCCUGAACGUCAUCUGGCGGCAGCAGAAGCUUUUGGUAAAGACGUCUCGAACGUCAAGAAAGAAAGUGCAGGCGAAGUUCUGAGCGAAGCCCUGGCCGAAUUCCUGAUCAAGCUUGGAGACCAGCCUCGAGGCUUGAAGUCGUUAGGGUUUACACGGGAAAGUAUUGAUGAUCUGGUGGAAGGUACUCUGCCUCAAAGGAGAGUCCUGAUGCUGGCACCCAAUUUGAGCGAAGAAGAGAACGAGGAACGAGAACAACUACGCGGAUUGUUCGAAGAAGCAUUGGAAUACUGA